CAGGGUUUCCUUUUCUGUGUUAUAGUACAUGGUGUUCACCCUAGCACACAUACUGCGUGUAUAUACUGUGUAUGCCGUAUAUAUGUGUGUGCCGUACUGUAUACCCGUCGUAGCAUUAUGAGGCACCCGCUUGUUGAAGUAUAGUCACCCUCGGCAGUCGUCUACGCUUUGCAGGACGUCUUCUGAAAGGUCCCCGUCCUACGGAAAUGAGGUAAAAACGCUCACCAAACCACACUUGCAACCAACCGCAACAACACCCAAUGGACCCGGUACCCCACACCUGAGCACCAUCAGCCGUACCAAUCACUUCAUCGGGUCACAUAUCAUACCGAGCGUCCAUUCCACCAGCCCCGAUGACAUCCCUCAAGCCCACCACAACGCUACCUCCUGGUCCCUCACAACCACCGCCUGCCCCGCGGCCGCCACCACUGGCCGAGGACCAAUGCGAAACGCCUGGGCUUGAGAGCAGCCGGGGAAAGCCUACUUUCUCGAAGGACGGGGAUCCGACGUCACACCAAGGGAUCCACAGAAAGCAAGUCGCACACCAGGACCGACAAGAAGGCAUCACAGCAGACAACACUACGACACAUGCAGAUAUUUUCAAGUUUGGAGAAAGCGAAUGCGUCAAUAGGCUAGACGAAGAAACAAACGAAGGUUUGACGGACAUUACCGGGAUUGAUGACGUCAGAGAAGAGGUGGACUCCGACGUGCGGACUAGUACAGGCGACAGUGAUAGCGCGGGUAAACAUGCGACCGUUUCGAGUCACCACUUAGCAGACGAGGUAUUUAAGAGUCCGCCAAGGAGAAUGCGAAGUGGAAGCAGUGCGUCAGACUAUGGUAGAGUUCAUGGUAAGGCAGGGAUGCUACGGAGUCCACACAGGUCUUCGAUGGAUUGUGAGGGGAUAAAGAGUCGGAGCAAGCAAGGUGCAGAGGGCGUCAUAUUGACUAGGAAUGUGAUACUGUCGGACGGCGGAACGCCAACCCCAUCGGAGGACGCGACGACGUCUUCAAAGGUGAUGUCAGCUCGCGGCGACCAGGCCCAGCUUAUCACAGGCAAAAGCUCGUCCCUGGACAGUCCCAGCGCGACGUGCGUUAACAGCCACACCAGGAUGAAGGAGGGUUCGCGGAGCCUCGAAGAGCGUGCAGGACGUCAUGACAUGCAGACAGCUAACGUGUCAGCCAAACUGGCACAAGAGGUUAUCGUGAAGGACCACAAGCUCCUAUCAUCCAAAGAACGGCAAGUGAUGCUCAAGGAGCUCUCGGGUGAAAAUCGCGGGAGUUUCCCGGAGCUCGAGGAGCCUGUCCCGGUGUCCCGGCUCAAGCAGCGGCGCCUCCUCUUCUCCCACCUAACCUCCUCGGUGGACGUGGACACUCGCGAGAAGGCCUCGCCUCCGUGUCUGCCUGCGGCCACCAGCGAGGAUAUCCUCGUCUCGGACCUAUUCUCACAACCCACUUCGCCGCUCGCAACCGCCAGUCUUGAGCAGCUGGCCAGCAGUGUCAAGAGGGGACUCCGAAAGAGGGGUUUCGUACCACUUCAGCCCAUUGGCCAUCAGCGGUUCCACAGUGGGCCCAGGAGCUCGGAAGCCCUGGACUCGGAGUCCAAGUCCGGGUCCAAGGGCGGCGGGGUACUGCCCACAAGUCUCCGCAUGGCUAACGGGCGCGUCUCGAGUGGGACCCCCGACAAGGAGCCCCCCACCGCUGAAACCAUCAAGAUCAGCAUCGAUGGCACCUCCUCAGACGACCCCAAUGUACCUCCAGAAGUCAUACACUACAUACCAGGGGGAGUUGGUGAGCAACGUGGUGGUGGGACAUCGGGCGAAGGCAAAGGGACCAAGGAGGGUGACGACGUGUCGCUGUACGGCACUCCCAAGGAGGAGCUGGGCCCCGGGGGGCUGUCCGAAGUCAAGGCGUCCUUCAUGCGAAACCAGCUGGAGGCGCUGUUCCAGCCGUCCGACAACAAGCUAGCCAUGAAACUCUUCGGCUCAAAGAAAGCCCUCAUGAAGGAGCGCAUCCGACAAAAAGCCGCGGGGCACUGGAUCAUACAUCCAUGCAGUAACUUCAGGUUCUACUGGGACCUGUGCAUGCUGUUGCUGCUCGUCGCAAAUCUCAUCGUCCUUCCAGUAGCCAUUUCAUUUUUCAACGACGAUCUCUCCAUACGGUGGAUCGCCUUCAACUGUUUGUCAGACACCAUUUUUUUGUUAGACAUUGUCGUCAAUUUCAGAACGGGUAUAAUGCACCAGGACAACAGUGAGCAAGUGAUCCUCGACCCGAAGCUGAUCGCGCACCAUUACAUCCGCACGUGGUUCUUCCUGGACUUGAUCAGCUCCAUCCCGUUGGACUACAUUUUUCUCAUCUUCAUUCAGGACUACAGCGACAAUUUCCAGCUGCUCCACGCCGGCCGCGCCCUUCGCAUCCUGCGCUUCGCCAAAAUGCUCAGCCUUUUGCGGCUGCUGCGCCUCUCGCGCCUUGUGCGCUAUGUCAGCCAAUGGGAGGAAGUCUACUUCCUCAACAUGGCAAGCGUGUUCAUGAAAAUCUUCAACUUGAUCUGCAUGAUGCUUCUUAUUGGUCACUGGAGCGGUUGCCUUCAGUUUCUCGUCCCAAUGCUGCAGGGGUUUCCUUCCAAUUCCUGGGUCGCUAUUAACGAACUGGAGAAUAAGUACUGGUUCGAGCAGUACUCGUGGGCGCUGUUCAAGGCCAUGUCGCACAUGCUGUGCAUAGGCUACGGCCGGUUUCCGCCACAGAGUCUGACAGAUAUGUGGCUCACACUGCUCAGUAUGAUCAGUGGUGCCACUUGCUAUGCCCUAUUCCUUGGGCACACUACCAACCUCAUCCAGUCCCUCGAUUCUUCAAGGAGGCAGUAUCGAGAAAAGUUAAAACAAGUAGAAGAAUAUAUGGCCUACCGGAAACUUCCCAGAGAUCUUCGCCAAAGGAUAACAGAUUACUUCGAGCAUCGGUAUCAGGGGAAAUUCUUCGACGAAGAGGCCAUUCUAGGGGAGCUGUCUGAAAGGCUAAGAGAGGAUGUGAUCAACUACAACUGUCGCUCACUGGUAGCGUCGGUUCCGUUCUUUGCGAACGCCGACCCCAACUUCGUGAACGAUGUGGUGACGAAGCUCAAAUACGAGGUUUUCCAGCCUGGCGACGUCAUCAUAAAAGAAGGCACCCUCGGAACGAAAAUGUACUUCAUUCAAGAAGGCAUUGUAGACAUUGUCAUGAGCAACGGGGAAGUUGCCACCAGCCUAUCAGACGGAUCCUAUUUUGGAGAAAUAUGCCUACUGACCAACGCCCGACGUGUAGCUAGCGUCCGGGCUGAGACCUACUGCAACCUCUUCUCGCUCUCGGUAGAACACUUCAACGCUGUCCUUGACGUCUACCCGGUCAUGCGACGCACCAUGGAAUCUAUCGCCGCUGAACGACUCAACAAGAUCGGCAAGAACCCUUGCAUCGUUUCCCAACGUGAAGACCUGCGCGUCGACCUCAACACGGUCACAGCUCUCCUCCAGUCCGCCCAAUCACCGGACGGCUCGCCGGACAGCUGCGACAGGAAGUCUACAAGUCACGGAGGUGGCUUCCUCGGGGUGCGACGCGCGAACAUUCCCCGGCCAAAGUCCGAGAGUUGUUUCCAUCGCAUGUUCGACAUGGCUGGGGCACCCAACCCUAUACCGCGUUCGGGAACGUUCUACGAGUCACUGACCGGUGCAGGUUCGCAGACCAAUCUGCAGACGGAGGACUGAAGGGGCCUUAAAAAAAUAUUUGUUGCUCGCCGAGUGCGUCGCCGCAGACAUGCUGCAGCACAUAUCCUGCUUUCUGUCUCGCACCGUUCACACAUACGUCAUCACCCAUGUUACGGGUAUGUCAAUUCAAAGUGAGGGCACGCCCCGCUUUUUCUCCUGGAAAAAGCACGCAGACUAGGGAAACGGCAAAGUGGCAUCACCUCGAAAGAGUGAUGUGGACGCUACGCGGUACGGCGUUAAUAUUUGAAGCGUGUUUCCGUGCCUGUGGUUGAAGGACCAUCCUGACCUAAAGGGAAUUUAUUCGAACCAUUCGAGAGCCAGCGUUCGUGACUUAUCUGCAUAAGCGAGGUGGCCUGUGGUUCGUGCUACAGCCAGAUAGGCUAAGCACAGUACUACAUUCUACGACACACCUAAGUUAGCAAAAUAUAUCUGUCUUCCUUGACUUGACUGUCCUCCCAGCUCGAGUACCAUAAGCUCCUACGUGCGCGGCUCCUAAUUGUAACCAUUCGUACCAAGUUACCGCUACCUUAGCGAAAACCAAAUUAUCCAGAACACCACGACAAGAACCGUUAAUUCGUACUGUCGUGCAAUCAUGCACCAGCGAGAGACGGGGCGUGGCCUCUCUUGAUUUCCGUGAUGCAAAGUGCAGGAUUCCAACAACGUAUCAGGCAACAACGUCACGUGACAGGUGUGCUGGCGAUGCAGAUUUCACCCCUAAUCUAGAUUCUCAAGUUACUAAAAAUGAACCUCAGAUGAAUUAGAUAUAUAAGCUAAAUUACUAUGCAUCUACCAUCAUCCGCGAUAAGUCCUCCAGCACAAAAGUUCGAUGCACAGCUCAGUUGUAAGUGCAUUCACGAUUGGUCCUGUGACUAAGUUGUAAUCUUUACAACCACACGUUAUAUGGGACGUUAUGGGGACGUUAUGGGGACGUUAUACCACAAUUCCCAUACGUCUGCCUGUAUAUCUCAGCUCCCAUGUUCACCCGUCACGUGAGCGGGACACCAACGUUGCCUGCCUGAAACGGUUCUCAGACUUUUCCAGCGAGCCAGCGCUUUCGUCACCGAGCAUACUUUAGCACUCGCAAUGCAUGCGCACAUCUCACACACGAAACAAUCUCACCCACAGUGGAACGUCACUUCCGUGUCGUGACGUCACACACUAGUGAUUUUGCUAGGCCUCAGCAAUGACUUCAAAACAUGAAACUUUCGUAAAAGCUGUGGGCAAUGACAUCAGGGACGAAUUUAAUGGGGAUCCAUAAAUUCCGAUUCCGCUUCUGUUGUUUCUCGAUUUUGUUUCCUCGGCUAUAUUAUGAAACCGGGCGUCACUUACGGGGGAACCGAUGUACUGCAGGCUACUCUAAUUUUCUACAGCUUUUACACUUUUGCAUCAUCUAACAUUUUUUACCGACUGCAGGUUGACCUAGUAUACGCAGUUAGAGGUGAGAACAAGCGAAGGGGCCAAGUCUAAUAGAGCUGGGGGUUGAGCGAGAAAUUUAUAAAAGGGUAAACGAUCCCCUUUGAAUGAAAUACGUCUCUACAGAUUUCACAGACGCUUACGUGUGUGAAUGACAACCACUAACUUUUACGAAAAGGGCAUGUUCCUGUCUAUUGCUACACGCACACGAUUAUGCACACACUAUAUAGUCACCAUCAUCAAUUUAGUGCGCUCUAACAGGUCGAGCACAUUUUGAAACAAAAAUUAGUCGGCACACCACGAGUUGAACCAUCAAAAUACUAUGCUAUACUACUUUAUAUAUCUAUGAAUCCUUCGUCGUGAAAAAGAAUAACAAUUAUUUCUGUGAUUUAUAGAAUUUACAUUCCAACAAUUCUCUUCCUGCUGCCUCUGAGGCAGCCUUUAUUGUCUUCCCGUCACUUCUCUUGGUAAUCGAAGCCGAUUUUAUUCAGCCUGUAACGUUUGUUUACCUUUCCUUUCUUUCUUUUUUUUUUUUUUUUUCUUGUAGAACUACAGUUUCCGGGUGAUUUCCCGUAGAAUUAGCAAUGAUAAGAACGAUGUAGCACCUUUUAAAAAAGACUUAUUUUUGCUAAAAUUGGACCGCGUCGCUCACUCUCAUUACAUUUCAUUUAUUGUUACGUUAAACACCCCCAUGAGGGUAACGAUGUUGAAUGCAUAUGGAUAUUUAAUGGCCGCAUAAACCGCACCGUAGGUCGGACUAUUUUUUCAAAAAUGCACAACAAAAAAGUCAAUUGUAUACCUGUCAUUGGCGAAAAAAGCUAUGAGACUCGCGACAAUGGGCUGCGGACGCCGCCAUCUUGAUUUUUAUCCUUGCACUUGCCUGCCCAACACAUUUGUCGCUUGCGCUGCGUUACUUUUAUCGUCAUUUUCGCCACAUUCUUAAUUGAAUUCGUUAUCUAGGAAAAAUUGCCUUUUUGGGCAGGAGAGUCUGACCUAUAUAUUCCGAUUUGUGCGGUGAUUACAAUGACCUAAGUAGUUCAAAUUGCGAAUCGCUACUGUUUUUUGUUUUGUUUUUUUCUACAAUAUGUGAUCGCGAAUACAGCGUACAAUAUAUCACAGAACAAAAAUACCGUAAAAGGCCAACGAAUCAGAAAGUCACUAAGUGCUAAAAAAGCUUGAUGCUAUAUACGCUUCCGCGCUUUUCGUGGUUUCGCAAGACGUGCGAUCAUGCCGAAUGUUGCGGCAUGCUAAUCGCGAAAGCCUAGCGCGUGAAACAACCAAGGCGACAAUCUUUCGCACGUGACAAUGGGUUGGCUGUCGCACAUCAUGCCAUCUUUAGCGCUUGAAAUUGUUCCGUAUCUAUAAAGUCCAGCUGGUUGAAACCGCGGUGAUUGAUGUAAAAAUUUGCUCUCUCUGUAGUAACUACUGAGUAACGGAGGGGGUACGUGGAAAUUGAAUGCGAUCAAAUUAAAUAUUUGCGUAUUCAAACCGCCAACAACUCGGCAGGCCAAUUAAGUUGUACAAUAAGUACAUAAUCGCAAUCGGGAGGAUGCGAGGCGACGUUUUUUAUGCUACCGUUUAGUCCGCGUGGAUUCGGUCUUGCGAUAUUUAAAAUUUGAAAACACACUGUACCGCGUUCUUCUAUCUGCACGACAAAAGAAGAUUUUUUUUUUUCAGUCAAUCUAAAAAAAAGCGAGGGGCAGUUCAUCACUUCAACUAUAGCGCGUCAGAGAUCACGUGUCAUAUCUUUUUGACUACCAUUCCCCCUUGUAGCAAUGUUACCUUGGCUAAUACAUAUUAGACGAUAUGCGCCCAGACAAAUUAUCCGCUGUCUUGCUCCUACCUAUAAAGUAUACAACGUGAAGAAAAUAAUCUAAAAUGGGGAAUCGGGUAUUUUUCUACUAAGUUAUUGAGACCAAAGACAAAUAGGCCGAUACACGCAUCACAUUUUCAAUCCAAUCGCUCACUCUCAUCUUCGCCGCGACCAUGAGCAUUCUUCUGCCUCAUCUUUAUUCUUUUUGCCUCGCCUGGCAGACCAUUUAUCACACAAACACACAUACACACACAUAUAUAUAUAUAUAUAUAUUGAAUUGUUCCAUAGCAAUUUCAGCCCGCGCGACCGCGUUGAAUGAAGAAGAGACCCUGCAGUAUUGUGACGUUGAUUCUUACGUGUUUAACACAGGGGAAGCACUCGAGUGUUGCGACAAAGUGCGCUCAUGCUUCAAGAAGAACUGUUCGCGAAUCACAAACGCGAUAUUUACGCAUAUAAGAAGCAGUGUGUGAAGAGCACUGCGAAACCUUGAAUGGUGCCUAGAAACCCGCUUUAGAAACAUGGAGACCUACUGUUAGUUUUUGAGCCGUUUUCAUUUAGAAGAACAUCCAUCCUACCCACACGUAGACACAGUGUUGCCGGAAUAACGCACCAUCUUUGGUGUCUUCACGUGCCGUUAUCGAGUAAGCUGAUCGGGUAUCACGGUAAAAGUUGGGUCAACUGUUCCGUAAAUGAUGCUCCCUGACUUCCGUGGCCCCAGUGAUGUAACAAACGGUAUCUCUCAUUAAUCACGCUGUGACACCUCGGCACAUGUGGUUCAUUACACAAUGAACACACUGCGCUGCACGCCGGAGGAUUCAGGGGAAAAAAAGAACUAUUUUUCUACGCGUCGUACUUGGCGAGACAUAAACCUUUGGAAACACGGACGCGACAAACUCUGAUGUCACAAGAGCCAUGUGUGAGGUGAGAACUACAGUCAUUCCCAUUGGUUCUCAUAAGCACGUGACCGCUCUCGCGCUACCUCACUGGCUGAGACGCCUGCAGGGACGUCAGGGCCGUAUGAGUUCCGCCAGCCUAUCAGGCAACGCAUUUUUCCCGCUUCUUGCCCACCACAGCAAAAUAUAACCUCGAACCGGUCCUGUCGUGACGUCACAUGUUUGUAAACAGAGGGUCGUCUAUUGGGUAGUAGACAUGACGUCGCAGACAGGCGGCAGAACGAAGCAGCUUUUCUGACCCGCAGGAUUGUAAUCUUAAGUUCUACAUCUCCUAACCUACACCUCUCUUUUAACAGAGUUUUUAACUGAGGAGGUCUUUGAAGGAGUUGCGACACUUCAGCCUGAGUUAUGUUAUGUAAGAUAAACGUGAUAACGCUGAUAACGUGAUAACGGUGAAAGUAGGUGAUAGACGCACCGGCACCUCGAAUAUCGAAACUGAUCCGACUCAAUGCCGGCAUCUCCGCCAGUGUUGUUGCCGCGAAAGUGGUCACGUGCCUACGAGGACCAAUAGAAUAGCCGGGGUUCUCCCGCUUUGGACGUCAGAGCUCGACGGAGAAUGUGUUCGAGGGUUCGUCUCCCGCCAACCACAACACGUGCAGAAAUAAUUCUCUCUCUCUUUUUUAAGGGCCCAUGCGUGUAAUACAAUGCGUGCAUGAUCUAAUGAGCCGCACAUCGGGAUGUCAUAACACUUUUUAGUAUAUUACUCGCGUCACCGAAAUUUGGACACGGACGCAUUCACUCGUCGAGACUUUUCGAGCUUGAUGCUCGCGUCAAAUUAUGCAAUUUAGUUGAAAAUAAUUGUACAGGCCGUUGACACGAUUUAUAUUUUCCACGAUUUCUAUCAAAUAUAUGUACAUACUUAACAAACUAGGAAUCAGAUCUCAUAUGUCAGAUCGAUAACGCGUCUUGAAAAAUGAUACGUCAACGUGAAGAGCCAAUCAGAUAAGACAUCCUAUCCACACGUUAAUCAAUCAGGUGAAACAACGAGCGCUUGGUGUCAAACCUCCCUUUCAAUAAACGGAGAACGAGAUGUAGUGAGUUUUAGUACAUCGGAACAACUCUACGCAAAGGAUACGAUAAAGUAAGUUACAAAAUCUAAGCUUAGCAAUGUAAUGUUACCCGCUUCAAACAGGGCAAUUGGUUUAUCAUGUUUUCGAAACAAAUCAAAUCAGCCAAUCUGUUACAAAUCAAUCAAUCAAUCGGAACCGUUAUCGUGAACACCUUCCGAUAUACUAAAACUCAGCUUCACCGAAUUUUCUAUAGUCUGGCAAUCAUUUCACACAUCUCGCGAAAUCCAUUGUCAACCACGCAACAAAAAAAAAAAAAAAAAAAAAAAUAAGUGGUCGCUAACAGAAUUGCUGGAAUCUUAUCGCCUGUCUUAUACAUCAUGACCAGAAUCGCGAAUGAAUCGUAAAUUCAGGCAGAACACUUGAGCAAUAAACACUAUAGCAGGGAGCAGUUCGCUUAUGUAGGCACAUCGUAUAAUGAUCUGCGUUGCACAUUCAGUUUGCAUUUAUUUAUCAUCACUCCCCACACAAUUGUGAAUAUGGUACGAUACACACAGUCCUUUCUAAGUUCACUUCAUUUGUACAUAGUUGUAUAUAAGUGAAUUCCCUCCCGAAACCUUGAAUAUGACGGUGAAUAAUCAAGGACCCUCACAGUGCUGUUUUGUCAAGUGUCCUUUUCGUGCGAAAUUUUGUUUCUGUUUUGGCCGAAUCGGGUUUUGUUUGAGACCAUGUUAUGCAGGUACGAUACGUUUCUCAACCCAGCGUAUGUAAUAGUAUAGCUGAGAAUUUAGUGCAGCUAUAUAGGUCAUAUACUAUGUAUAAUAGGGGUUACAUAGCGUGCUGCGUUUACUAUGUUAUGAUUUAUGGGUACGCGUACACAGUAUACUUAGGUGAAUACAACAAGCACGAAAGAUUUGACACGGUAACAAAGGUUCCUUUUUACCUAGCUCAUGCAAGGGUUCUUCCCUGGGUUGGGGUGACAAUACGAUGUGAUAAUACGUGUUAAUACACGUGUCAAUACGUGACUGAGCUGAAGCAGGUAAAACAUACAGCGCAGUUAACAACGGGCAUGCCUGAGUGCUGUCUAAAUCGACCUCCUGAUUAUGUUAUCUGAUACAAGUGGAUUCAGCUACUCAACGGGAGACGGUCAGGUUAAACGGAAUUUCAGUUUAUCAUAUCGGUGUUGAUGCCGUGUCUACUCAGUAAACUCGACACAAAUCGAUAGACUAAUACCCUAUAGUCAGACGGCAAACUUAAGGACGUUAGAGGAACAGCCGUGACU